CUUACACAUUUAUGUGUCUGCCGGCCUUCGCCUUCUUCGCCCUAGGACUUCAGAAGCGUCUCUGAGCUGCGUUCCCCGCGUGGGAGGCACGGAAGGGCUGGAUGUCUGAACAACAUGAUUAUCCAUUAACCUCCAAACUUUCCUUUUUUUAACCCAAAGAAUAUCGGUGAUUUUUGUCCACUGCUAGCAGAAGAAGAGAGAACCCGGGGCUCUUGAAAUGCAGCAAAAUCCUUAUUUAUAAACAGGCCCAAGAUAGUGAUAUGCAAACCCCCUGUACUCAGUGAAUUUUCUAUCCUAUGGAUAUCGGUCUUGAGAUUUGAGAUUGUCUGCACUGGGUCCGGCAGCCUCCAUCCUUUCAAUGCCCAGUCUCCUCUGGGACUGCUGGCCUUCCCUGGAGAUCAGAGCGGUCCUGUGUGCCAUGGGCUGUAUUCAGAGCAUCGGGGGCAAAGCCAGAGUCUUCCGGGAAGGUAUCACGGUGAUUGAUGUGAAAGCCUCUAUCGACCCCAUCCCCACCAGCAUCGAUGAGUCCUCCAGCGUGGUGCUCCGCUACCGGACACCCCACUUCCGUGCCUCGGCCCAGGUGGUCAUGCCACCCAUCCCCAAGAAAGAGACCUGGAUUGUCGGCUGGAUUCAGGCGUGCAGCCAUAUGGAGUUCUACAACCAGUACGGGGAGCAGGGCAUGUCCAGCUGGGAGCUCCCGGACCUCCAGGAGGGCAAGAUCGAGGCCAUCAGUGACUCAGACGGGGUGAACUACCCCUGGUAUGGCAACACCACAGAGACGUGCACUAUUGUGGGUCCCACCAAGAGAGACUCCAAGUUCAUCAUCAGCAUGAACGACAACUUCUAUCCCAGCGUCACGUGGGCCGUACCCGUCAGUGAGAGCAACGUGGCCAAGCUGACCAACAUCUACCGGGACCAGAGCUUCACCACGUGGCUGGUGGCCACCAACACCUCGACCAAUGACAUGAUCAUUUUGCAGACGCUGCACUGGCGGAUGCAGCUCAGCAUCGAGGUGAACCCCAACCGGCCCCUGGGCCAGCGCGCCAGGCUGCGGGAGCCCAUCGCCCAGGACCAGCCCAAAAUCCUGAGCAAGAAUGAGCCGAUACCGCCCAGCGCCCUGGUCAAGCCCAAUGCCAACGACGCUCAGGUCCUCAUGUGGCGGCCCAAGUACGGGCAGCCGCUGGUGGUGAUCCCACCCAAGCACCGGUAACAGCCAGGGUGCCCUGCUAGGCUAGACUCAAAUAAUAACACUGCUCCAACAACA